CCUAUUAUGUAUGGUUCUAACCUUCAAAAUUAAAUGAUGAAAUUUGAUGGUAAUAUUUUGCCUUCCUAAAUUCAACAAAUAUUGUACUAGAACAUGGUGGAAUAAUGGAAAUAGUAUUGUAAAUAUAAGGAAAUGUUUUCAUUUAGCAAUAAUGAAUCAGAAACAUCCAAGUUCGUCUGCAUCUAAACCGUCCAAACCAGUCAGUUUUCGUAGGAUAAAGAUGCCAAUUUCCAGUGAAGUUGUUAGAAUUCUAGACUCCCCAUUAAAAAGUGCUAGCGAUAAGAAGACAUACAGAGUUAUUCGUUUGUCAAAUGGCUUAACAGCGUGUCUAAUAUCAGAUUUGACGGAGGAAAUUAAUGAUUUUCAAACAGAUAGUGAAACAGAAACUGAAGAAGAAAAUACUGAGGAGGAGGAAGAUGAAGAUUCCGAUUUGGAAAACUUACUGGUUAGUGGGGAGGAAGAUGAAGAUGAUCGAAAUUAUAGAAGUGGAAAGAAGCAUGAUAAAAAGAGAGGCCAUGGAGAAGAAAAAAUGGCUGCUGCAGCAUUAUGUGUCGGUGUAGGAAGCUUUAGCGAUCCUAAAGAAAUUCAAGGAUUAGCUCACUUUGUAGAGCACAUGGUAUUUAUGGGUAGUAAAAAAUUUCCUCAAGAAAAUGAUUUUGAUGCAUUCAUUAAGAAACAUGGAGGAUCAGACAAUGGUUCUACAGACUGCGAAACAACAACAUUUUAUUUUGAGUGUUUUGAAAAGCAUUUGUUCAAAGCCCUAGAUAAAUUUGCUCAGUUUUUUAUUGCUCCUUUAAUGAAAAGGGAAUCUAUGACUCGAGAAAGAGAGGCUGUUGAAUCAGAAUUUCAGAUGGCACUUCCUUCUGAUGAGUUUCGAAAAGAUCAGUUGUUAGCAAGUUUUGCCACAGUAGAUUCUCCCAUUAACUCUUUCUCCUGGGGAAAUUUAAUUACUCUCAAGGCAAAUGUAGACGAAGAUAAAUUAUAUGAUGCUUUACAUGAGUUUAGACAAAGGCAUUAUUCAGCCCAUAGAAUGACUGUGGCUGUACAAGGCAAGAUAUCAUUGGAUGUGCUUCAAGAUAAUGUAAUUAGUUGUUUUUCAUCAGUUCCCAAUAAUGAACUACCUUCUUUUGACUUUAAAAAGUUUAGGCACUGCUUUGAAACUGAUAAAUUCAAUAAGUUUUAUUUUGUGAAGCCAAUGAAAGACAUUUGUAAUUUAGAAGUGACAUGGGCUCUUCCUUCUUUACUAGAUCAAUACCGUUGUAAACCCCACCACUACAUUUCAUGGUUACUUGGUCAUGAAGGCAAAGGUAGUCUUUUGUCAUACCUAAGAAAAAAGGUUUUAGCCUUAUCAGUUUAUGCUGGUAAUGGUGAGUCUGGUUGUGAACACAAUUCAAUGUUUACUCUGUUUACAAUAACAGUUGUUCUGACAAAACAAGGAUGUGAAAAAGCACAUCAAGUUAUCGAGGCGAUUUUUUCUUAUAUAAGUUUGUUGAAAAGAGAGGGGCCUCAAAAGUGGAUAUUUAAGGAAAUACAGAGAAUCGAAUCAACUUCGUUUCAGUUAAGCGAAGAAGAAUCUGCGGUUGAUAAUGUUGAGGAAAUAUCAGAAUGCAUGCAGUUUUAUCCUCCUAAAGAUUACUUAACCGGAUCCGACCUCUAUUUUGAAUAUAAUCCAGAAGCCAUUAUGAUGAUAUUAAAUCAAAUGAGUCCUAAUAAAAUGAAUAUUAUGCUUUUCUCUCACAAUCUUCCUUCCGAUAAAACGUUUGAUAAAAAAGAGAAAUGGUUUGGUACUGAAUAUACAGACAAAGAAAUAUCAUCGGAAAUGAUAAAAAAAUUGGAAGACAUAAAACCUUAUCCUGAAUUUCAUUUGCCUGAAAAAAAUAAAUUUUUAACAGAAAACUUCUCACUUUUGCCGAAAGCGGAAAACCAUCCCAAAUAUCCACAAAAAAUAAUUCAGAAUUCUGUGUUAGAGUUGUGGUACCGUAGAGAUCAAAAAUUCGGACUUCCUUUGGCGUAUUAUUAUUUUUAUUUGAUAACUCCAUUAGCCAUGGAUAACGCUCAAAAUUCCUGCUUAUUAGAUAUGUAUGUUGAUUUUUUGGUGAUCGAAUUAGCCGAAGAAUGCUAUCCCGCAACUCUUGCCGAACUAUCGUACUCUUUUGAACCAUUUGAAAAGGGAAUAAUAAUGAAAGUGACUGGCUACGAUGAAAAGUUGCCAGUAUUAAUCGACAUUAUUGGAAAUUAUAUUAGGAACUUGCCCAAUACAAUUACUGAAGAAAUGUUUGUGGCGGUAAAAGAUAAGGAGAUGAAAAAAUACUACAAUCAGUUCAUAAAGCCAUCCAAGUUAGCAAAAGAUUUACGUUUAUCCAUCUUGCAAAACAAAUAUUUCUCCCUCCUCGAAAAACAUGAUGCUGUCGUGAAUAUUACGACUGAUAUGGUUACAGAUUUUGCAAGAAAACUAUUCAAAAAAAUGUAUAUUCAGUGCUUAGUUCAGGGCAAUGUAAGUGAGAAUGUGGUUACCGAUGUAGUGAUGAAUUUUAUUAAAACUGUCGAAUGUGGUCCACUUGAUUCUAACACCGAACUUGCGGUAAGAAAAGUAGAGGCCGUAGAAGUCACUCAAAUACCUUUGGGUGAACAUUGUUGUAGAGUGUUAUCGUUUAACAAGAACGAUGCGAAUUCUAUAAUAACGAAUUAUUAUCAACUAGGUUUACUCACCAUAAAAAAUUGUGUAACGAUGGAAUUUAUAAUGCACAUGAUUGAGGAACCAUUGUUCGAUAUACUUAGAACAAAGGAACAAUUAGGCUACAAUGUUUAUUGUACAGUUCGUGACACCUGUGGAAUACUCGGCUAUUCGAUAACAGUUAAUGCUCAAGUCAAUAAAUAUUCAACGGAGCAUGUGGACCAAAGAAUUGAACAUUUUAUUAAGCACGUUCACAAACUUCUAAAGACUUUGAGCAAUAAAAAAAUGUUUGAAAUAAAAAAGGACUUGAUUAAAAUAAAAAAUUGCGUCGAUAUUGACUUGGAAGACGAAGUAGAAAGAAACUGGGCAGAGAUUGUCACAAGCGAGUACAUUUUUGAUCGGGUUCAAAAAGAAAUAAAUGAAAUACAAAACCUCAAGGUAUCAGAAAUACGAAAAUUUUGGGACAACAUAAAUCAGUAUGGAAAUCAUGUUAAUUACAGGAAAAUUAGUAUGCAGAUUGUGGGUCAAACAAAUGUUGAGAAUUCCGAUGAAAAUACAUUUGAGGAAGGCAUUGUUCAAGUGGAUGCGAAAAAUGCUUCCCAAAAGUAUUCGUUGCGUUAUCUCGGAACGUUAGAGGAUUGUAGAAAGGAGAAAAAGAACGAGAGCUAUUUUAUAAAAAAUAUUCCAAGUUUUAAGAAAAAACUACAUUUAUAUCCUACUCGAUCAAAGGCGAAGCUAUUAAAUAAAAUAUAAAUGUGCUGUUUCGCUGUUUGGCUUUUGGUUCGCCACACUAUUACAAUUUUAUCUGUAACUUUUUACUACGUAUUAAUAGUAAAUUAUUAUUCACAUUAGCUUUUGAACCUGAAUAAAAAACUUAUUUUUGUA